AUGAAAGUUAAGAAAGUUUCGCGGAUGCGGCCAACGCGGAAACAAACUAGCGCCACUGGUGCAAGAAACGGACCAGCCGGUUUCGUUGAUCUCGUUGGCCGUGUAACGUCAAACGAUGGAACACCGCUUUGCAGAAACGAUUCAUUCGCCGAUUUUCAAAUCGUCACGCGAAUCGUCGAUUCGUCUUCAAUAUCCAACGAGCUUCUUUGUGGAUUUUUCACGACGGCACAAUGUGAAGAAGAUGUAUUAGCCUCGUUUGUUAUAUUAUUAUUAAAGGUGUACAAAGCAUCGGAUAUGGCGUUCUUGACCACUUUCUUCCCCGGAAAUACGAAACUCGCCAAUCAACAAGGUCGAGUUCCUGAUCCCAUCAAACACGGGAACCUGACUCGUACCGAUCUGGACCGAUCGAUCUGUCCAUCUGGACGAACGAAAGGGAAUAUAUAA